UUGUACUAAACACUACCUACACACAUCCACUGGUGAGUCCAGGGGCAUUUCUAAUACUUAACACUACAAAACACAUCCAUCAGUGAGUAUAAGAGCAUUCCUUAGAUUGCAAGCAAUAUAUUCAUGACUCAAGAAUUUCAAUUCUAACCCCUUCCACUCACAAAAAAUGGCAGCAAAUGAUGAAGACCUACUACAGCUCAGGCUUGUUACGAAGGAGCUUGAAGCUUGUCUCAAGAGGAACUGGCUGUUGCAGACAGAGAAUGACCGACUAAAACAAGAGGUAACCCUUCUACAAACAGACGUCCAUUAUCUCAAAGAACAACACAAAGACAGAAGUUUGUCAUUCUCGAAUAACUUAGAGAUCUCCACUGAAAGUAUAUCUCCAACCAAACACACAACUCAAAUAAAAAGUCACCGAGGUAUCGAGGUGAAGACUGGUGACAAGGAGAGACCACAUCAACUGCCAAAGCCAACUCCUAAAGCUACUUGUUUGGAUUUGCCACAGGAAGUAAACGAAAAGAAAUUACCUGUCAGAACUGCUACAGUACCUCCUCCCCCACCACCACUUCCGUCGAAACUGCUGCUUGGAUCCCCCAACGCAGUCAGGCGCGUACCGGCAGUUAUGGAGAUCUACCGAAGGCUAACAAGGAGGGAGACAAAAACUGACAACAAAAUUACCAAUUCGGGAACUCCUGUUGCAAAUACCCGGGACAUGAUAGGUGAAAUAGAGAACCGCUCAACAUAUCUCUUAGCUAUAAAGUCAGACGUCGAAGCACACGGGGACUUCAUAAGGUUCUUAACGAAGGAGGUGGAGAAUGCAGCCUACAAAGAUAUUUCUAAUGUCGAGACAUUUGUUAAAUGGUUAGAUGGUAAACUGUCAUAUCUAGUGGAUGAAAGGGCUGUGCUGAAGCAUUUUCCCCAGUGGCCUGAGUGGAAAGCAGAUGCACUGCGCGAAGCUGCUUUCAACUACCGAGACCUGAAAAAUCUAGAAUCUGAGGUUUCAUCGUUCAGGGACAACCCCAAACAACCAAUACUCCUUUCCCUCAAGAAAAUGCAGGAGAUUCAAGACAGAUUAGAAAGGAGCGUCCAUAAUACACAACGAACGAGGGAAGGUACAAGCAAAAGAUACAGAGAUCUCCAAAUUCCUUGGGAGUGGAUGCUAGAUGCAGGAGCAAUCAGUCAGUUGAAAUUAGGGUCGGUCGGACUGGCAAAGGAGUACAUGAGACGAGUGGCUAGGGAAUUGCAAACCAAGGACUUUACGCAAAAGGAAGAUCUCAUCCUUCAAGGCGUUCGUUUUGCUUUCAGAGUGCAUCAGUUUGUGGGUGGGUUCAAUGCAGAAGCAAUGCAUGCUUUUAAAGAGCUACAAAAGGUCAUUACAGGUUGCUAUGGACAACAACAACACAUAAGGACAUGAUAUUAGCCAACCUCGGAAUGACUCGUAUAAUCAAGUUGCUUAUAAUCAACUGCAGGGUUUAACAAAGAUCAUCAGAUUUUAGUCAAUUGGUGAUUAGUUUUAGAACUCUUGACCACAGUUUCUCGUCAGUCCAAGGAAAAUGCUUAUGUAUUGCAAUCCUCAAUACUGGCAUACUCCUGACUGAUAAAUGGAUAUCAUGAUUAGAAGAGAGCCUGGAAUCUACAUGUCUUGUUAGACAUAACAAUUGAACACUUGUUUCAGAGUUACAGGAGGAAUGAACAAACAGUUAGGAAUAAAAUUCUUAGUCAGGUUGUAGAUAAAAUCUUACAUACUAGACUUAGGAAAAAAAGAAGAUGGGAUGCUCCCAUUCUGAUUAACUGAGAUGGAUGUUAACUCCUAAUGGAGUAUAUACAGUCAAAUCCCUUUGUGACGAGCUUCAAAAUUGUGAGGCAGUUGAUUAUAUAUCUGCAAAACUUUGGAAAUAUUUUCGGAACAUUAAAGUCCUGCAGAAAAUAAAGAUCUUUCUUUGGAAGUGUAUUCCUAAUGCAUGUCAAACGUAAAUUAGGACAAUUUAUUGAUAAUAUAGAUGCUUCUCGCAUCUUUUGUAAGUCCGCUUCUGAAUCUGCUAGACAUCUUAAGAUUGCUGCUCUAACUGGUUGCAGGAAAAGGAGAACAACUAAAGUUUUGGCCAAAACUGAUUUGCAUUUUCCAAAGAAAAACAAACAAAUACUAGUAGUUUAAGCAUUUAUCCAGGGGUCCCUGAACUUCUGGAGUUUACCUCCAUUGAUGUUUCUCAAUCUCCUUUCGUUCAUUUUUCAUUUUUCAUUCAUGCUAUUGUUCUUUUUUGUUCAUCUUCAUUC